AUGAAGGCUGCGGAGUCAGCCGCCACGGAGCUGCUUGUGAGGGGUGGCGAGCAUGAACUACAGUCUGCCUCCGCGAAGGACAGCAUUGCGGACUGUGUUCGUUCCGUAAGUUCCGUUCUCUAUCUCUCCAUCUCCGCCUUCCUUGUUCGAUGCCGCUGCUAG